AUGCAGAGCUCAAAGUAUAUCCUCACUCUCUUCGCCAUCUUCCUCUUCCUCUUAAGCGACAACUACGUUAUCGCUCGCCGUCACAACCGUAGACAGUCCCCCUGUUCCGCCUCUUCAAUACCCGGCUCUCCUGCACCCCCCACCACCACUCCCCAACCUCCUCCUGUCUCCACGCCCCCAUCCACUACCCCUACACCACCCAUCAGCACCUCUCCUCCUACAUCCCCACCAUCCUCUCCCGGUCCACCCAAUCCACCCAUGUGCAACAUGCAAUCUCCUGGAAUCUGUCAACUCGUCACUAAAUGCAAACCGUCUGGUAAUCCGCUCGUCCAGGAUGUCUGGAUCUUGAACCCGUCCUGCAGUGUUAUCGGUGGAACAACGGGUCUUGCUUUGUAUCAAACAUGGUCCUUGGCUUCGCAGUUGCCGUUUGUGAUUGUGUUGACGGGAAAUAGUCCGACGGCGUCCCCUAGCUUUGCUUAUGCGGGUGGUCAUUAUGGAGUUGGUGGUACGGAUGGGGGAAAUCCGGGUUGGUGGUGUGCAAUUGAGGGAGAUGGUACUUAUGAUUGCUAUGCAGCAUUCAAGUGUUAG